AUGGAUACAGAGAUGAAAAACGUAGUGGAUGACAUACAAUCAAGCGUUAUUUGCCGAUGCUGUUUGGACUCUGGUUGUUUUCAAAAUAUGUCAUCGGAAUAUUAUAAUUCUGGACAAAAGGAAGUCUAUGAAGAUAUGUUAAAGUCUACAUUUGAUAUUCAAGUUACAGAGGUGCCACAGACCACAAAACACUAUAUAUGUGAACCAUGUAUCACACGGUUACGAGAUGCAAGAACAUUCAAACAGAUGGUAUUACAAAAUGAAGAACAUUAUUUACAGAUGAUUAGAAGUAUGAAAUGGGAACCGGAGAUAGCAUCAACGGAUGAUGUCAAAUCAGAUGACAUUAAGUAUGAACCACCAGAUCUGGAGUUUACUGAUGAUAUUUAUGAUGAAGAUGAUGAUGAUGUAUUUCUAGAUGAUGUAAAAAACGAGAUAACACAGAAGAAAACCAUUUUGGAAACUGAAAUAAAAAUCACUAGAUUGAGAAAAACUAAAAAGAAAAUAGAUAAUGAUUGGACGAAAAUAGCAGAGCGGCGCGGUAACGGACCAAUUUUACGAGAUAAUUCAUUAAAACUCCUCGCGAAUUCAACCAUUUUGAUAUUCCAAUGGGACAAAAGUCGUUACAGAUGUUUUUGCUGCAAGGAACCAUUUUCAGAUAUGAAUUUAUUAAGAGAACACAGCAUAACACACACGCUCAAAGAAAUCGAGAAAAAAAUAAUCGACAAACAAAAUCGUUUCGUAAAAGUCGAUAUAUCGAUAUUAAAAUGUAAACUGUGCAACGAAACGUUACAGAAUUUAAAAAGUUUACAAACUCAUUUGACAGAUGCACACGAUUUGACGUUUGAAUUAAACGAUCAUCUUUUGAUUCCAUUCAAAAUUGGCGGGGAACUGAGCUGUCAGAUUUGCGCGGAAAAAUUUCACGUUUUCCGACUUCUAAAUAUUCAUAUGAACAAACAUUAUCAAAAUCAAGUUUGUCAUAUUUGCGGUGCGGGUUUUUCAACAGCUUUAUCGCUAACUAUUCACAAAUCCAGAUGUCACAAAGCAAUAAAGUGUAGAUAUUGUGACAUGACGUUUAAAAGGCGGCCGGAGAAGCGGCAACACGAAAUUCAAAUUCACAAUGCGAAAUAUGAACGAAAAUUGAGAUUUCCUUGUCCAUAUUGUACUGAGAGGUUUUUCCAGGAGAAUUUACGUGUUGAACAUUUGAUUAGGGAGCAUGGUUUUAAGCAACCGGAGUUUCAAUGCAAAUUUUGUUCGAAAUGUUUUAUAACUAAGAGUUUGUGUACAAAUCAUACGAAAAUAGUACAUUUGAGGGAGAGGAAGUAUGAGUGCGACGUGUGCCAUGACAUGUUCUUUAGGCAAUGCGAUGUUAUUAGACAUAAGGUAAAACACACUGGCGAGAAAAACUUUUCAUGUACCGAGUGCAAUAAUUGUUUCGCAAGCAAAGAUUCUUUGCGACGCCACAUGAAAAGGGCGCAUGAUUGUCGUGAUAUUAAAUAA